GAGUAGAUUUUAAGAUCAAGACGGUGGAGCUGAGAGGGAAGAAGAUCAGGUUGCAAAUCUGGGAUACAGCUGGUCAGGAGAGGUUCAACAGUAUAACCUCCGCCUACUACCGUGGGGCCAAAGGGAUAGUACUGGUCUAUGACAUCACCAAGCAGGAAACCUUCGACGACCUUCCCAAGUGGAUGAAGAUGAUCGACAAGUAUGCUUCAGAGGAGGCAGAGCUGCUGCUAGUGGGGAACAAGCUGGACUGUGAGACAGACCGCAUCGUCACUAAACAGACUGCCGAGAGGUUUGUCUCCAGGAUAUCUGGGUUGCGAUUCUGCGAGGCUAGUGCCAAGGACAACUUUAACGUGGAGGAGUGCUUUCUGAAACUAGUGGACGACAUUCUAGCAAAGAUGCCUCUGGAGAUUCCCAGUAGGGAGCUUUCCAACAGUAUCCUGUCUCUGCAGCCUGAACCAGACGUUCCCCCUGAGCUCAACCCGCCACGCAUGCGCUGUUGCUGAGACCCCCUACCCCUUCCACCAUCCUCCCUGCUGAGACCCCCCUACCACCUCCACCAUCCUCCCUGCUGAGACCCCCUACCACCUCCACCAUCCUCCCUGCUGAGACCCCCUACCCCUUCCACCAUCCUCCCUGCUGAGACCCCCUACCCCUUCCACCAUCCACCCUGCUGAGACCCCCUACCCCUUCCACCAUCCACCCUGCUGAGACCCCCUACCCCUUCCACCAUCCUCCCUGCUGAGACCCCCUACCCCUUCCACCAUCCACCCUGCUGAGACCCCCUACCCCUUCCACCUCCACCAUCCACCCUGCUGAGACCCCCUACCCUUCCACCAUCCACCCUGCUGAGACCCCCCUACCCCUUCCACCUCCACCAUCCUCCCUGCUGAGACCCCUACCCCUUCCACCUCCACCAUCCUCCCUGCUGAGACCCCCUACCCCUUCCACCUCCACCAUCCACCCUGCUGAGACCCCCUACCCCUUCCACCUCCACCAUCCACCCUGCUGAGACCCCCCUACCCUUCCACCUCCACCAUCCUCCCUGCUGAGACCCCCCUACCCCUUCCAACUCCACCAUCCUCCCUUCUGAGACCCCCUACCCCUUCCACCUCCACCAUCCUCCCUGCUGAGACCCCCCUACCACUUCCACCUCCACCAUCCUCCCUGCUGAGACCCCCUACCCCUUCCACCUCCACCAUCCACCCUGCUGAGACCCCCCUACCCCUUCCAACUCCACCAUCCUCCCUGCUGAGACCCCCUACCACCUCCACCUCCACCAUCCUCCCUGCUGAGACCCCCCUACCCCUUCCACCUCCACCAUCCACCCUGCUGAGACCCCCUACCGCUUCCACCUCCACCAUCCACCCUGCUGAGACCCCCUACCCCUUCCACCUCCACCAUCCACCCUGCUGAGACCCCCUACCCCUUCCACCUCCACCAUCCACCCUGCUGAGACCCCCCUACCCUUCCACCUCCACCAUCCUCCCUGCUGAGACCCCCUACCCCUUCCACCUCCACCAUCCUCCCUGCUGAGACCCCCUACCCCUUCCACCUCCACCAUCCACCCUGCUGAGACCCCCUACCCCUUCCACCUCCACCAUCCUCCCUGCUGAGACCCCCUACCCCUUCCACCUCCACCAUCCUCCCUGCUGAGACCCCCCUACCCCUUCCACCUCCACCAUCCUCCCUGCUGAGACCCCCUACCCCUUCCACCUCCACCAUCCUCCCUGCUGUGAACCCCCUACCCCUUCCACCUCCACCAUCCUCCCUGCUGAGACCCCCCUAUCCCUCCACCUCCACCAUCCUCCCUGCUGAGACCCCCCUACCCCUUCCACCUCCACCAUCCACCCUGCUGAGACCCCCCUACCCCCCUCCACCUCCACCAUCCUCCCUGCUGAGACCCCCCUACCCCUUCCACCUCCACCAUCCUCCCUGCUGAGACCCCCCUACCCCUCCACCUCCACCAUCCUCCCUGCUGAGACCCCCUACCCCCUUCCACCUCCACCAUCCUCCCUGCUGAGACCCCCUACCCCUUCCACCUCCACCAUCCUCCCUGCUGAGACCCCCUACCCCUUCCACCUCCACCAUCCUCCCUGCUGAGACCCCCUACCCCUUCCACCUCCACCAUCCUCCCUGCUGAGACCCCCUACCACUUCCACCUCCACCAUCCUCCCUGCUGAGACCCCCCUACCACUUCCACCUCCACCAUCCUCCCUGCUGAGACCCCCCCUAUCCCUCCACCUCCACCAUCCACCCUGCUGAGACACCCUACCCCUUCCACCUCCACCAUCCACCCUGCUGAGACCCCCCUACCCCUUCCACCUCCACCAUCCACCCUGCUGAGACCCCCCUACCCCUUCCACCUCCACCAUCCUCCCUGCUGAGACCCCCCUACCCCUUCCACCUCCACCAUCCACCCUGCUGAGACCCCCCUACCGCUUCCACCUCCACCAUCCUCCCUGCUGAGACCCCCCCCUAUCCCUCCACCUCCACCAUCCACCCUGCUGAGACCCCCUACCCCUUCUGGCCACCAGAGGGCAGCAGAACCAAGCAGCAGUCUGGAAGCCUCCCAAAUUGCACUAUUCUCUUCAUAGUGCACUUUUGACCAGUCUUUCUAGGGGACAGGCUGUCAUUUGGGACGUAGGCUCAGGUGUUCCUGCUUGGACACACCUGCUCUGAUAGACGUCCUCCCAGUUCUACUUCUGGGGCUGCAUGAUAUGACACACACACACUAACUAAUACAGAGACCUUGUUAAGACACACACACACACGUACAGUAUACACCUGUACACACACACACACCUGUACACACACACACACACAUACAGUAUACACCUGUACACACACACACACACACACACACACACACUAUACACCUGUACACACACACAUACAGUAUACACCACCUGUACACACACACACACACACACACACUAUACACUUGUACACACACACAUACAGUAUACACCACCUGUACACACACACACACACACACACAGUAUACACCUGUACACACACACACAGUAUACACCUGUACACACACACACACACACACACACAGUAUACACCUGUACACACACACACC